AUGCGUAUCUGCAUGAAGAACGAGGGUGAUACCCACACCAAACUCGUCGAGGCUUCACCGGACCUGCUGGGACCGACGGGACCGGCACGGAUCGCAAAGGUAUAUAAGCACGCCCUCUGGUGCGACGGCAAAACAUCUUCUCCAUUCUCCUCACUCGUAAAGGUUGGGCAAGUCAUGUCUGGAUUCCUCGCCGUGCUUUCGGACCCAGGACAGCAGGCCACACUCGAAGAAUUCCAUGAUUGGUACAACAACGAGCACAUCCCACUCCGACUACACCAUCUCAAAUCCUUCUUGAGCGGGGCGAGGUACGCUGCGGCAGAUGGGAAACAACCAGGAUGGCUGGCGAUGUACGAAGUGGAGAGCGUCUCGGCGUUCCAGGAUCCGAGUUAUACCAUUCUUCGAGAGAAACGGAGCGACAGGGAGAGGGAGCUUAUACAGCGGCUAGGUGUUCUGGACAGAAGGACCUGCGAAGUCGUCUAUGACAGCGGGAAGGACAACGCGAAGGGCACUGGGAUGAACGUUGGUAAUCCAAGUACAUUCGUCGUGACGGUGGAGAUUCCUACCCGCCCUGAGGAAUCGACUUUCAAUAACUGGGUCCAGCGACUAUCGAGUGUGGAGCAGUGGGCCAGGAUUCGAGUCGUAAAGGCGUUGGACAAAGCGAUCACAGCUGUAGACGAGUCGCUGAAGCGCGUCGACGUACUUGACUAUCUCGCUGUUAUAGAGUUUGUCUCCAAACCAGGCCAUGUUGACCAGGCGACAAUCGACGCGUGGCUCGCGUCCUACACGGACAAAACAGGCCAAUGGAGAGUCUGGGACUUGUACAAGGCUUAUCCUUGUGUUGGCAACGGCGAUGACUUCAAGACUCAUCUGUGA